UUGUAAAUAUGAUAAUCGCCGAUAUAUGCUUUUAUUUCCAUGUCUUGGAAACCCACGACAGGAAGUGAUUAAGCAACAUGUUUAUAAACAACCUGAUGAAACGAUUCUAUUUUUAACACCAUAUCGAAUGUUUCGAAUGUUGUCUGAUUCAUUUAGCAACGAAGCUUAUGUGAUGUCAUACACAAAUCAAUUAGUUGAUCUUUUCGUGGGAGAUUGGCUUUUCUUACGGAUUUUAAAGACCUGUGGACUAAAGCAGGACGUUGCAGAAGUAAAAUGGGAGAUGACGAUAGCUUCAAGAGAGAAGAAAACACAAUCAAGCUUCCCACUGCUUUCAAAAGGUUACGGGUUCAGCCAGAAAACCCUAAAGAUUCUCCUGACAUUGCAAUUAGUGAAAGUGUCCUUGUUGUCCAAGAGCUUUGGUUAAGGGACAGUGGUGGUCAGCAGAAAGGGUCAACCAAGAGUAGCGAUAAAAGCCAUCAAAAGUACAAGAAAAGCAGCAGCAGGAUGGAGCCAUACCCUCAAGAAGUAAUUUUUUCCAUGCAGAAGAUGACCUUGAAAAAGGAGGAGUGUAAUUCUAAACAUUGUCGUUGCUCAUCAAAUCAUGGUGAUUUGGAAAACCGAAACAAGUACAACUAUGCCAACAUCUCAGGAUCACCUCGUCGUUUAAUUCGAGAGGCAAGACUUAAACUGCAUCACUCAGAGAAAGACAGAAAGCAUAUCAUUAGGUCAGCUAGACUCAAACUGAUUAAGAAGGAUAGAAAGAGUGAUCCAACUGGGUUAAAUGUUAUGAAACUUUCUCAUUCUAACAACAAUUUUUCUGACAGCUCUGUAUUUGGAUCAGGUACAAAAAGGGUUCUUAGUGAUUUUUCUAGUAUGUGUAUCUCUUCUAAGAAAACAGAGACAAAUGAGUCUAUUGCUUUAUUUGGUGUUGAUCAUCGACAAAAUACAUCAGGUGGUAGAAAACAUUCUCGUGACAUUGAUUCCAAUAGUAACUCUCCUGGUUCUUCCUGUAGUCCGAAAGCCAAGACCGCACGCCAUUCUAAGACCAGAUCUGCCCCUGGCAGGUCAGUGGAAUCUGUGGUCAGCAAGGCUAGUCAAGAUCAAGUCUUAGAGAGAUCAUGUUCACAGGAAGCAAGACUUGAUGAUAUGACUGUAAAUGAAUUAGCAGGCUAUUUUGAAGAUUUUGUUUACAUCCCUAAAAAGAUGUCAAGCAUGGCUGAAAUGAUGUACACGUGAAUAGAGUUCACCUUAUUUGUGUUCAGUGCUAUUUGGUUGAAGUCUUGUUGCUUAUCACCUUUGUUAAACAUAUUGUUCAAAUAAUUCACUUUUUUAAUAUGUAAAUAUGAGUAUUAAUUUUUUUUUCUUUUCCUCUGAUCUGUUCUCCAACGGAGUUGAAACCUGAUAUUUUGUAGUAGUUUGAUGUCAAUGAUUUCAGUGAUAUUGUAAAUUUAAACAAAGUUUUUGUCACGGAAAUUUCAACCAUUUUGCACAAAUUGUGCAGAGCAAUUUUAAAGAUAAAAUGUAAUUAAACUUGAUUAAACACGUAACAUCUUGGCAAUUGUAUAUUUGGAUUAUAGUUAGAAGAAUUUAUUGUGAUAAAUCUGAAAGCUUAUUUACUAACGUGACAUCCUGCUUUUAGGCCAGUGUUAAUUAGCCCAUGCUCGUGUAUGAUUGCCCUAUUGUUGCAUUCAAUCUUGAUUUCUGAAGUUUUGUUCUCAUCCGUUUAGCCUUGUAUUGAUAUUUUGCAUUGCUUGAAUAGAGAUGGAACAAAUAAGAAUUUUAUGUAAUAUGGUAUUUUCUAUUUAAUUAAAUGUUAUGCAUGUAGUAAUACACGUUUUGUACAUGAAAACAAAUGGAGGGAAGGUGGGUUAUACAAGUUACAAAUCUUAAUUACCAUCCAAAUGUCAUGUACAACAUUUUGAAUUUAUAGCAAAUUCUUAGUGUGAAUAAAAUGUUCAUUUUGUUUUUGAGAA